ACAACCCUACUACAAAUCGAAGCACGACAACAAAGUAUUUUACGUAGAUUGGGAAUUCUUUUAUAAAUAUUUUAUUAGAGACUAGUUUAGCAACUGAUCAUCAGCUAUGUCUGACGAAGAAGAUUAUGAUUCUGAAGAAGAUGUAGAUUAUGUACCACAAGCUGAGGAUGUGAGUGAAGAAGAUAAUUCAGGUGAUGAAGAAGAUUUGUCUGUCCUUGGAAUAACAGAUAAUAUAACUGGUUCUCGGAGAAAGAAACCAUCAAAAUCUAAAAAGGAUGAUUUAGGUCCACGGAAAAGACAAGGAGGAAUAAAACUAGAAAAUGAAGAAUGUAACGAGGAAGAGAAUACAACAAAAGACGAAGAAAAUUUAAAAUUAGCCAAAGAAAUAGCCAACGAAAAAGUUGCGAAAAAAGUUGAACAAGAGAAGAAAAGAGCAGACGAUUUGUGGAGUAGUUUUUUAUCAGAUGUAAAACCGCCACCUAAACGUACGCCAUCAUCUCCUGCAACACCAACGAUAUUAAAGAAUAACAAUGGUGCUACAAGUGUAUCGGCCAGCGCCAGUAAAAAAGAGGAAAACCCUGUUAAAACCAUGAAAAUUACAAAAGUUUUUGAUUUUGCUGGAGAAGAAGUCAAAAUUACCAAAGAAGUUUCAACUGAUUCUAAAGAAGCUCAAAAAGAAUUGAAGAAACAAGAAGAAUCAAAGACUGGUGUUACCUCCCCUUCUGUUCAAAAAGAUACUGGUUCAGUUUUAAGCAAUAUAGGAAUCAAAAGACCUGCUGCCGGAGGUGGAUUGGGAGGUGUAUUAAAUAAAAUUGGAAAAAAACAAAAAAUAAGCGUUUUGGAUAAAUCGAAAAUGGACUGGAAUUCAUUUAAAAAAGAUGAGGGUAUCGAAGAUGAUUUGAAAUUACACAAUAACAGUAAAGAAGGUUACAUUGAAAGAAUGAAAUUUUUACAGCGAACAGAUUUAAGACAAUUUGAAAUUGAAAAGAAUCUGAGAAUGAGCAGUAGUAGGAAAUGAUCUGUGUGGAUGUCAAUGAAAUAAAAAAACUAAAUGUGUGAAUGAAAUGGAUUUAAAACUAUGUGAACUAAAUGUUUUUAAUGUAUGACCGUGCCAAAAGACAUGGACACGAAGAAUAAUAACUGAAUUCGUUUAUUUUUUGUUGAAGAGACUUUAUUCCGGCAACAUAUACAACUACCACAGUACAGUGAUGCUUCUUGCUGUGUGCGUGUAUGGGCUGACUACUAUCAACUCAACUCUACUAUCAACUCAACUAACACUCUCUCUCACGUUCUCAUGUGCAGUCGCUUCCCUACGGGAAAAGGGUUACUAUUAAUAGCUAUGAGUAAGGUAAUGGUGUCAUUAAAGGGACAUUUUAUCCACUGUCUCGCAUAUGAAAAUUAAAGGGGCAUUCUAUCCACUGUCUCACAUAUGAAAAGACAAAAUGGAGGAUGACAGUUAUUAUGGCCAAUGUGUGUGUAGGUUUAAAAUGGAUACUUGUAUGAGCAGGGCUGGAAUUUGCCUAUCUGUGAGCUCCAAACCAAACUCAUUGGUGGGCCUUUACUUAUUGUACAGGUGCCCUUAUGAUUUUCAAUAUUAUAUAAUGAAAUACCCAAUGUACACUUAAAACAAGGUUAUAUGCUGGCACGCAGUGGGCCUCUAGAUACCCGUGUGUCCAAGGUCAAUGGUCUACUAGGCCUAUUGGCAAUUCCAGCUCUGUAUAUGUGGAAAAAUGAAUAUUGGACUUCUAGCAGACAGAAGGAAAAAUAUGAGUUUCCAGAUUUCUUUCUACCUGUUUUUAUGAGAAUUGCGACAAUAAUGAAUUUGGUGAUCAGAUUUAUAAACUGUGAUGUAUAAAAUCAGAGAGUUCGAAGUUCAAUCUACAUGUAUUUCCAAUUUAAAAAACAGGACUUCUGUGGUAUUUGAAUUGCCUGAGAUGCACACAGAUUUACAGAAAUUUCGAUUUGACCAAAAAUAAUGAAAUUUACUAAAUCAAAUAAUUCAUGUUUUCAGUUUGUGAUGUGCAGAUUUAAAUAAUAAAGUCAUCAUACCAGUAA